UAAGCUUACAACUCUCUUUUAGGCUCAGGUACGCACACCCUAAUUCAGCGGGUGAUCAAAAGAAAAAAGCUUGGCCUCUUCUUGUCGCACAAACUGAGCUAAGGCAGUUCUGUCUUCGCAGUUUCUUUAGCAAAAACAACAAUGGCCGGUAGCAGCAGCAGCCUACAUUCCUCUGCUUCAUCCUCCCACAAGCUUCUUGCUUCAAGAAAGGUCUUUAGCUCUUCAUUAUUUCAUGGUUUUCAAAGGCAUUGCAGAUACAGAUUCAUUGCAUCCUUCCCUUCUUCGCAUGCCACCUCUAGAUCUUUUUCUUGCUUGUCUAUAAAAUGUGCUGUACGUUUUCGACCUUGCAUCGAUAUACACAAGGGUAAAGUGAAACAAAUUGUUGGGUCUACCCUCCAGGAUUUGGAGGACGAUGGUUCAGCUCUUGUGACAAAUUUUGAAUCAGAUAAGACUGCAGCAGAGUUUGCAAAUUUGUAUAAAGAAGAUGGGCUCAUGGGUGGCCAUGUGAUUAUGCUUGGAGCUGAUGAUUUAAGCAAAGCCACAGCCAUUGAAGCCUUGCGUGCCUAUCCUGGCGGCUUGCAAGUUGGAGGUGGUAUCAAUGUAAACAAUGCUUUGAGCUACAUAGAAGAAGGAGCCAGCCAUGUUAUUGUUACUUCAUAUGUCUUUAACAAUGGUCAAAUGGACCUAGAAAGGCUGAAAGACCUUGUUCGUGUUGUUGGAAAGCAGAAGCUUGUUUUAGACCUUAGCUGCAGAAAAAAGGAAGGUAGAUAUGCAAUUGUCACUGAUAGAUGGCAGAAGUUCAGUGAUGUAUAUCUUGAUGAGAAAGUAUUAGAAUUUCUUGCAAACUAUGCUGAUGAGUUUUUGGUUCAUGGUGUUGAUGUUGAAGGCAAAAGGUUGGGAAUUGAUGAAGAGCUCGUGGCAUUGCUUGGCAGGCACUCACCAAUUCCUGUGACUUAUGCUGGCGGUGUGACAGUAAUGAAUGAUUUAGAGAGAAUAAAGGUGGCAGGGGACAGGCGCGUGGACGUUACUGUGGGCAGUGCUCUUGAUAUAUUUGGGGGUAACUUGCCAUACAAAGAUGUUGUGUCUUGGCAUACGCAGCAGGAGACUUUGAUGGUUUAGUUCCUUCUAAUUGUUGUGUUUUGUAUGAUCCCACACUUAAAGUUCAAGUUUCAUUUAGUUUUUGAAGUUUCUCAGAUCUUUAUAGAUGAUGCAUGUAGACUGCAAAGGAUUCCUAGUUGUUUCUUGUUUUUUUCUGCA